AUGCUAAGUUGUUUGAAAAACCCUCACUCCAAGGAUACUAGGCAAUCCCUUUUAACCUUUCAAGCAGUUACUACCUCUGAUUCAUCUCAAUCUACUGUGGGAGAAAUAGGGGCCUGGGUAUUUAACCAAGACUCAAUUAGGAGGGCCUUGGUUGAAAUGAUAAUCAUAGAUGAACUGCCUUUUAGAUUUGUUGAGGGAAUAGGUUUCAGGAGGUUCAUUGCUGUUGCAUGCCCUAGGUUUAUAGUUCCAUCUAGAUGGACUAUAAGUAGGGACAUCCUAGUGGUCUAUGAAGAGGAGAGACUGAAAUUGAAGGCCUUUUUAAGGGAAACCAGUCAUAGGGUUAGCAUUACCACUGAUUCUUGGACAUCAAUCCAAAGGAUUAACUAUAUGGUUGUGACUGCCCAUUUCAUUGAUUCAGAGUGGACGCUUCAUAAAAAAACCAUAGCCUUUGUCCCUGUUACCUCUCACGAAGGGGAAUAUCUUGCAAAAGCCAUAAAAACAUGUUUGCUGGAGUGGGGGCUUAGGAAUGUUUUUAGUUUGACUGUGGAUAAUACCUCGUCUAAUGGCACUGCUAUGGGGUUUCUUAAGAAAAAAAUAGUGUCUUGGGGUACAUCAACUGUGAAGGCUAAGUAUAUUCACAUGAGAUGCAUUGCCCAUAUCCUUAACUUGGUUGUUCAAGAUGGCUUGAAGGAGUGUGGUAGUUCUGUUAAAAAAGUUAGGGAGGUUAUUAGAUAUGUUAGGAAUUCACCUGCUAGGCUAAAGAAGUUCAGGGACUUGGCUAAUUUGUUAGGAAUUGAACAAAUGUCUUCUUUGUGUCUAGAUGUUCCAAUCGGAUGGAACUCUACUUAUUUGAUGUUACAAUCUGCUUUGACUUAUCAAAAAGUCGUUGAAUCUUGUGAAGAGUCUGAUAGUUCUUUCAAAUCUGACUUGGGUGAUUUUGUGCCUGAUUUUAUGGACUGGGAUUCUGUGGGCAGUUUGGUGCAGUUGUUGAAAUGUUUUUAUGAUAUGAUAGUCAGAAUUUCUGGAUCUUUAUAUGUGACAGCUAACACAUUUUUCACUGAGAUUUCUGAUUUGUACUGUCUUUUAAAUGGAAUGGUGGAAGCUGGUGGGGCAUUAUUUGAUGAUUAUUUUGUUCCUGCUUCUUCUUCUGUUCCUACUUCUUCUGUGUCUGCUGCUGUUGGUAGUGCUUCUUCUAUGAGUUUUGUGUCUGUUGGAAGGCCACAACAUUUACUCAAGUCCCAAAUUAAAAAACAAGGGGGUAAGAAAAAAACUGAACUGGAUAUCUACUUGAGUGAGGCAAUAGUUGAGGAGGAAAACUCCUUUGAUAUUCUGAGAUGGUGGAAGAUAAAUGAUGAAAGGUUUCCCAUCCUUUCUAAGCUCGCUAGGGAUGUCCUAGCUAUUCCAAUCUCAACUGUUGCCUCUGAGUCUGCCUUCAGUACAUCUGGGAGAGUAUUGGAUCCUUUUAGGAGUUCAUUAACUCCAAAAAUUGUAGAAGCUUUGGUGUGUACCCAGGAUUGGCUUAGACUGCCCAAUACUCCUCUAUGUAUUGAGGAAAAUCUGGAAGAAUUGGAGAGGUUUGAAAAAGAGUUAGUUGAUGGUGGAAGUGGAAGGAAUUUUGGUCCUACACUGGCUACAAUUCCUUUUAUGUGGCAAUGA